CCCUCAGGAGAUCCGGUUAUCUUGUAUUACGACCUUCCAAUGCUGUGGAACUGUCACAUUAUGCGAGUGCUAGAAUUUUGCGAUUGCAUCUUGGAGUCACACGACGGGAAUAACUGUAUAGUGGUAAGCAAUAUAUAUAAUAGGGCUCAAGGAAUCGCCUUUGGGUUGCGAACUACUACAUUUCUAGAUAUGUCGUGUUACUAUAUUUCCUGGUUUAGUUGGAGUAUACACCAAACAACCCUUCCUAUUACAGCGAAGUCAGAGAAAAUAUACCUACCUACGCAAUGUUCACUGAGACGAUUCAAGCUGGCAUUCUGCCAUGCUUCUUAGUGCUCUUUGGUCUCUGGGUGUUUCAAAUAAUUUAUCAUUUCUACUUCCAUCCACUGUCCAAGAUUCCCGGCCCCUGGUUGGCCGCCAUCAGUGAUAUCCCUUAUUGUUGGUGGCUCAUAGGAGGUCGUCAACCUUUUAAGAUGCUUGAACUGCACAAUAAAUAUGGCCCUACCGUCCGCGUCGGCCCAAAUGAGGUCUCAUUUAAUACCGCACAGGCGUGGAAGGAUAUUCAUACCCACGGGUCUGGCCGCCAAACCUUUCAAAAGGGUAAAUUUUACGAUGGCGCCUGCUUCGCGACGGAGGAAUUCAACCGCGGGCUCUCGACCAUUGUUAGCGAAAGGAGGCCUGAAGUUCACAAACAAAUGAAAAGCCAUUGGGCUAGUGCCUUUUCUGAGCGCGCAAUUGUCGAACAAGAGGAGCUUAUCUGUACCUCUGUCGAUAAAUUUAUUCGUCAAGUUGGCAUCAGGGGUUCCAAAAAAGAAGGAUUUGACAUUGGGCUGAUGUUCGAGGCAAUGACUUUCGAUGUCAUGGGCGACCUGGCAUUCGGCAAAGCGUUCGGCGCAUUAGAUGAGGAGACGAGACACCCUUGGAUCGCCGCUGCUAUCGGUUCGUUAAUGAUGGCUGUGCUUGUGGAUGUCCUCAAUCAUUAUCCUACCCUAGCUAGAGGAGUAGUUGUGCUCCUCAACGGAAAAUUCAAGAAAGCCUUGAAAGACAUGAGGACAAAUGAGAGGUUUGUUCAUGAUACAGUCAAGAGACGGAUAGAGACAAAAACAGAUCGCAAGGACCUGCUGACUAGGAUUAUCCAGGAGCGAGAUCCUAAUGUCGUAUCAGACAGGCAGAUUGCUGCUCACUCCUCGGACAUAGUGAUUGCGGGAAGUGAUACUACUGCUACCGCUUUAAGCGCCAUAGUCUACUUUUUGCUCCAUAAUCCGUCUUCUCUCGCUAAGCUGAUGGCUGAAGUCCGAGAUACGUUUAAGCAAUAUUCACAAAUUACGUAUUCUUCUACGGUGAAAAUGAAAUAUCUCCAUGCCGUCAUUCAGGAGGGGCUACGAGUAUUUCCCCCGGUUUCGUUCCCACUACCUCGCGACGUGCCUGACGGUGGAGCGACAGUCGACGGGCAAUUUCUUCCCGGGGGAGUUCACGUGGCUGCGAACCCUAUAGCAGCUUGUCUAUCCUCGACAAACUUCCAUGACCCAUGGUCUUGGAAGCCAGAAAGAUGGAUUGAUUCUGAUAAUAGCGAUGUCUUCGACAGUAGUCAACCAUUUUCACUAGGUCCAAGAGUUUGUAUCGGCCGCAAUGUGGCCUGGUUGGAACUACAUGUGACUCUUGCUAAGCUAUUUUGGGUUUACGAUUUGGAACCAGUCGAUCCAACCCUCGAUUGGCAUAAGGAAGUUCGGAUGAUCUCUCUAUGGAAGAUGCCCAAGUUGAUGGUUCGUGCUAAGAACCGAGGGGUUGAUAUCUAUUGAAUGAUAAAAGGGGGGAAGUUGGUUAGAGUGUGAGUGAAGUAUCCCCCUUAAUUGACAAGUGGUCAUGAGAUCCUCGGUACAAUUAGCGCAACCUACAUCAGUGUAGGACCUAAAUGAGUAUUCUGCCUGAAUAGAGCUUCAAUAUAGUUAAAAAUUGUACCUGGCUUAAUGAUAGGCUCAUAAUCCAAGAGGUAGACAGACUCGCUAA